AAAGGAGGCGCGGGCCGGGAAGGUGCGGAGCGGGCCGGCGGCGGAGCGCGGAGGCGAGGCCGGGCGGCGGGGGCGCAGGAGGCGGCGCGCACCGAGCGGCCGGGGCGCGGGGAGCCGGGCCUGACGCGCCGCCCGCGCGGCUCUGCCCGUAGGUUCCCGGGCGCGCGGCCCUCGGCCCGCCGCCCGGCCCGGGCCCCGGAGCGCGGUGGAGCGGCGCCCCGAGGAGCCGGGGGCCCGCGCCCCGCGCCCCCCAGACAUGGUCGGCCACCUGCAUCUGCAGGGCAUGGAGGAGAGCCUCAAGGAGAAGAGCCGGGAGGGCUUGCUGGACAGCCCCGACUCCGGGCUGCCCCCCAGCCCCAGCCCCAGCCCGCCCUUCUACUCCCUGGCGCCCGGCGUCCCGGACGCCCGCGCGGGGGGCGCCGGCGCGCCCUCGGAGCCCCCGGGACCCGGCGAGGCCGGAGCGCCCCCGGCCCUGCCCCCGAGUUCCCCAGCGCUCGAGAUGAGGCCCCGGAUGCUGCCUGUGUCCUUCGGGGAGAGCAUUGAGGUGCACCCGGAGCCCACGCACGAGAUCCGCUGCAACUCCGAGGUCAAGUACGCCUCCGAGAGGCACUUCCGGGACAAGGUCUUCUACGCGCCCGUGCCCACGGUCACGGCCUACAGCGAGACCGUCGUGGCGGCGCCCGACUGCACGUGGCGCAACUACCGCAGCCAGCUGACCCUGGAGCCGCGGCCCCGCGCCCUGCACUUCCGCAGCACCGCCAUCAUCUUCCCCAAGCGCGCCAGGAGCACUUUCCGGACCACCCUGCACUGCAGCCUGGGCCGGCCCAGCCGCCGCUUCACGUCCAGCGUGCAGCUGCAGCUCCUCCUGGGGCCCGCGGCGCUCUGACCGG